GAGGAGACAGGUUUGGUUGCGCGCGCUCGGCGCGAGGGGCGGACACGGGCGCACGGGACCUCUGCUGCUGCGGCCCGGGACGCCCCCCUCUCUCCUUCCCGCGCACCGGAUGCGGGGACCCUAGAGCUUCCGCCGUACACGCAGACGAGCGGGUCGCCAGAACCGAGGAGGCCUCGUGCAGCGGCGCUUUCCUCAGAAUCCACUCUUGCCUCAGCGGCUUCUGCAGAGAGGCAUGAGGGGUGGCUCCCGGCCUCGGGAGCGUGAGGCGGGCUCGGGGUCGGCCAGUUAAGGGGGACUACACGGACUCCCCAGCCCUUCCGCUCCGGGGCCUAGCGGCAGGCGAGGGACUGACUCCACAGAGGCCGAUAUGUUCCCGCGGAGGCCGCCGGCCACCCUGGCCGCCUGGCUGGCGGGCGCGCGGGGCGGGGGCCUGCUGGCCGUGCUGGCCAAUCAGUGUCGCUUCGUGACGGGCCUGCGCGUGCGGCGAGCUCAGCAGAUCGCGCAGCUCUACGGCCGCCUGUAUUCGGAGAGCUCGCGCUGCGUCCUCCUCGGACGCCUCUGGCGCCGGCUGCGCGGCCCCCCGGGCCAUGUCUCUGCCUUGAUGGCGGCGCUCGCCGGUGUCUUCGUUUGGGACGAGGAGAGGAUCCAGGAGGAGGAGUUGCAGAGGUCCAUUAAUGAGAUGAAGCGGUUGGAGGAAAUGUCAAAUGUAUUUCAGAGUUCUGGAGUUGAGAAUCACCCUCCUGAACCAAAAACCCCCGCAGAAGGGAAUGAAAAGUCAAAGGACAAAGAACCAUGGGAAAUGGUGAUGGAUAAGAAACACUUCAAGCUAUGGCGGCGCCCAAUUACAGGCACCCACCUUUAUCAGUACCGAGUUUUUGGAACAUACACAGAUGUGACGCCUCGGCAGUUCUUCAAUGUUCAGCUGGACACAGAGUACAGGAAAAAGUGGGAUGCUCUUGUGAUCAAGCUGGAGGUGAUUGAAAGAGAUGUCGUCAGUGGUUCUGAGGUUCUUCAUUGGGUAACGCAUUUUCCUUAUCCAAUGUACUCGAGGGAUUAUGUUUAUGUUCGUCGGUAUAGCGUGGAUCAGGAAAACAAUGUGAUGGUCUUGGUGUCCCGUGCAGUGGAACACCCCAGUGUGCCAGAGUCUCCAGAGUUUGUCAGGGUCAGAUCCUAUGAAUCCCAAAUGGUUAUUCGUCCUCACAAGUCAUUUGAUGAGAAUGGCUUUGAUUAUUUACUGACAUACAGUGACAAUCCCCAGACAGUGUUCCCUCGCUACUGUGUCAGUUGGAUGGUUUCCAGUGGCAUGCCAGAUUUCCUGGAGAAGCUGCACAUGGCCACUCUGAAAGCCAAGAACAUGGAGAUCAAAGUGAAGGACUACAUCUCGGCUAAGCCUCUGGAAAUGAGCAGUGAGGCCAAGGCCACUGCUCCAUCCUCCGAGCGGAAGAGUGAGGGUAGCCAUGGCCCAGCUCGGAUUGAGUAUGCUUAAGGGCCUUUGGGAUAAGGAGAGACAGGCACUUCUGAUCCUGCCUUGCUCCCUCAGCUCUGCUUCAGGACAGGCACGAGUCACAUGUGUUAGAAGACAUCUGCUGUAACUGUCAGUGGGAGAGAAUUAGAACUGAGUUAGAUUUCAUUUGGAGCCCUAUUGCUCUUUACCAAACAGAGAGGGCCAUGACAUCAUGGAGUCGUCAUGUUCUCAGGCCAACUGUUGUGAAAUCCAGCAUUAUGCUGAGCUAAUCUGGAGCAAAUGUCUCACUUUAGGCCAGAAGAGGAUGACUCCCAUCUGCCUCCUCCGAGAAGCUUCCUUGCUGACAUUCCAGAUGCCACCGUUGAUUGUGCAAUGCUCUGGAUAUCCUUCGGUUCUCUAGGUCACUUGGAAAGUGGUUGGCCCUGGGUUCUCACUAAGGGUUCACUGGAGUGCUCUUGGUAACAAUCCUGUGGUGAUGUGAACACUGGCUGAGCUAAGUGCCUUGUCCUCACCUUGGUUUAUCAUUAGAGACAUGAAGUUUGUACCAAGGGAUCCUUCUCCCUGCAAAAUACCAUGACACUGACUCAUUCGACUCAAAGCAGUUUUCAUCCUAACUGGCCCUCUGUGUUCAUGGGCUGUGCUCAUUGGACCGUGGCCUCUGCCACAGCCUUAGCCCAUUUGCCAGGAGCACCAGAGACAAACCCCUUUAGACAGUAGCUUUCUAUUGAUGCCGUCAGUGUGUUGAUAGGGUCAGUGGAAGUGUGCACAAAACUUCUCACUCUAAAAUAACUAGAUUUCUUUUUAACCCUGUAGCCAAGUGGAGUUGCAGACGAGAGCACAGCUCCUUUGUAGUCUUUCUUGUUGGGGCACUAUUUUCCCACUGCAGGGUGACUGGGCCUUCCUGGAGGGCUCAAGGUAGUAGAUGGUGGUUGCACCAUUUCCUCAGAACUUUCAAAACUGUAAGCUGCCAUGUGGGCCAGCAGAUGAAGUCUUGCCCCAUACCAAUAUGGUAGGGAUGUGGCUUAUGUGACCCUCUUGACCCUCUAAAACAUUUCUCUCCAGAGCUGACACAGAAGUAAGGCACACAGUUUGGAUAAAUAAGAUCACAACCAGAUGAUAGGGACCUGGCCUUGCUGGUUUCUUUAUUGUGAAUAGGGAUCAAGUUUUAAAUUUUACUCCUUUUUUU